ACAGAGAGAGGGAGACAGAGAGAGAGAGAGACAGAGAGAGGGAGGGAGAUUAUGGAAUGCUGUGAUGUCAUCAGCCCAGUCACACACACACACACACAAAGACAAGGAGGACCCACGGCGCUCUGACUCUCAGCUUAGUUAGCAUACUCUGCUGUGGAGCGGCUGUCUACAUCCCACUAUUUUCCAGAAAAUAACCUUAAACUGAUAUGUUUGUUGGCUGGGGAAACUGUCAGCUCAACAAAGAACGGAAACAGGAUUUUGUGAUUGAGUGUGAGAUUGUACCUCGUGUACAAAAGAGUGUUUGUGAGGAGGAACAUGCUCCUUAAUUCAUGAAGAAGACUUUCAUACAGAGCGAUUUUAGGACAAAGAAGCUGUGAAAGUCUUCUUCUGAUGACAUGAGACUAUAAAACCAACACUGUCCACAUCAAAAAGCUGCUGGCCAAAGGACAGAGCCCCCUAACUCCAAUAGCUUGGCCAGGUGGUACGAGGUUAACACCACCAUUCAGCCGCCAACAUGCUGCAGCAGAUUUUAAAGGACAUGUUCAUCGACCCUGAUGUGCUGAACGCUCUUAAUGAGGACCAGAAGAAGACUCUGUUCCUGAAGAUGAGGCAGGAGCAGGUGCGGCGCUGGAACGAAAGGGAGGAGAAAGAAGGGGGGGACGCCAUGUGCAAGCAAAAAAAGCCAAAAAAAGCCAACAGUAAGAAUGUAAGCUGGCUUCUCGGACGGGAUGGAGAUGUGGCGGUCCUUGUGAUCGGGGAGUUGGAUGAGCUGAGCUCCAAAUUCAUCUCCUCAGGAUUCGUAGAAAAGAAGUCGCCAAGUCUACAGAACAAUGCGUACCAUCAGCCCAUCUUGAAGAGCAGAAAACCAACAGAACCUGUUAGAACUGAGAGGGAAAACCUCACCCCUAAUACACAACCUGGUGUUUCGCUGGAUUUAAAGGGGAAGUGUGGGGAGUCGAGCACGCUACUCCCUCUGCCGGUGUCAGUGAGUGAGCAUCCAUCCCCUCCAGCAGCAGAAAAGCCCGAGUUGAAGUCAGCCAGUGCGACUGAAGAGAAGUCAGCUCCCCAGCUCUCCAUCUGCUCCAGGCCUCCCAUGAGAGCCAGCCCUGUCAAUGUGAGACCAGCUUCUGCAAAUGCUGCACCAGGCUCUGUCAACCCGAGACUCUGCCUCGCAAAUCUGAAGCUGGCCACCGUCGCAGCGUCCCCUUCCCCCAGCACCAGCACUGUCAAAAUAGACUCUGGCACAGCCAAAGGGGGCCUGCACCCACAGGAACCUCAGAAACCGAAGGAAACACAGAGUGGGAAAGAUCUAGGCGCUUCAGAACCGCCUCAGAGGGCUGUCCCAGUGGGGGCCGCAUCAUCAGGGGAUGCCCCAACCUGCGCAGGGCGUGGCCGGGUGGCUCAGCUGAUGAAAACAUUCAGCACCGAAAGCAGUACACCCCCUGCAAAGACCCCACCUCGCGGCAUCAAGCCUUCUCUCCCCACCAAGCCAAGCCACUUGCGUCUAACGACCACACCUACUGUCAGGUAAUCCUCACACACUGAUGCACAGACGACAGCUGCAUGCAUCCCAGAGGUUCAGACAAAGCAACACUGGACGAUGCCGGACCCCUAACAUGGAGCCUCAGCCAGUGGGACAAUGGGAUGGAGAACUCCAAAUAUAAAUAAAUAUGGCAUCACUCCCAGAGCACAGCAAUGGACAUGCUUGAAUGUAAUGGUUUUCUUUUAUUAUUGGAUGCUGCAGUACUGUAAACACUCUUUGUGGGAAAGAAAUUCCAAAACAAAUGAUUUGCAAUGUAUUCUUCCAGGGAAAUGAUGACUAUCACACGUAUUCACUUGAUGUUGACGCUUUCCACUUGGUGUAACAUGUGGGGAAAAUCCUAUACAUACAAUAUUGUUUACUGACCAAUGACCUUCUUCCACCACUUAUGAGUCAGGUCGAGCUCCUAUAGACACAGGACAAAAGAUUAGGCUUGGGCAGCAUAAUGGGGUGGGAUAAGGCACAGUAGGGUCCUCCUUCAUGUUGCUGUCUCCACGUUGGGAAUACUGUAGGGUUGUUUAUUUGUCAGAAUGCAAUGUAUGUCUCCCUUUGCCACCUGCCAGGAGCCUCGCUGCGACCUGUUGUGGACCAAUGACAGUGCCAAAUGCCUCGUCUGCCUAUCCCCGUUGAUCAUGUUAGACAGUCGCUGCCAAAUAAUCCUGCUCUGUGUUACUUUUGCAAUUUUUUCAGUACUAUUUUGGAGACGUGCGGUUGCGCUUUUUCUUUUUUUACAUCUUCUAUAGGGAGGAAGACGUUUUGUAAUGGGAUAUUUAACAUUACUUCAAAGCUCACUUGUAAAAUGGGAUCAUUUUUAUCUUUGAUGUCGAGUUGUAUGGUGCAAUCAAAGAAACAAUAAAAUUGUGUAACUUGUACACCUUGAUUCAAAAGUCA